CCCCUGACCUCUCCCCUCUCCCCGCAGCCGUCCGUCCGUCCGUCCGUCCAUGGCGCUGGCGGAGCCGGAGCGGUCAGCGGCCGGAGGAGUGGCCGGAGGAGUGGCCGGAGGGGUGCGGCCGCUGUUCUGCCGCCGGGGGGCGCUGCGGCACAAGGUGGUGCACGAGGUGAAGAGCCACCGGUUCACGGCCAGGUUCUUCAAGCAGCCGACCUUCUGCAGCCACUGCACGGACUUCAUCUGGGGCAUCGGCAAGCAGGGCCUGCAGUGCAUGGUUUGCAGCUUCGUGGUUCACAAACGGUGCCACGAAUUCGUCACCUUCGAAUGUCCUGGAGCCGGGAAGGGACCCCAGACUGACGACCCCCGGAACAAGCACAAAUUUCGGGUGCACAGCUACAGCAGCCCCACCUUCUGCGACCACUGCGGCUCGCUGCUCUACGGCCUCGUGCACCAGGGCAUGAAGUGCUCCUGCUGCGAGAUGAACGUGCACAAACGCUGCGUCCAGAGCGUUCCGAGUCUCUGCGGCGUCGACCACACCGAGAGGAGGGGGCGGCUCCAGAUCCGCAUCCAGGCGCUGCCCGGGGAGCAGCUCCACGUCACAGUGGGCGAGGCCCGGAACCUGAUCCCGAUGGAUCCCAACGGACUCUCGGAUCCGUACGUGAAGCUGAAGUUGAUCCCCGACCCCAAAAACGUCUCCAAGCAGAAAACGCGGACGGUGAAGGCGACGCUGAACCCCGUGUGGAACGAGGCCUUCCUCUUCUCGCUGCGGCCCGGGGACGCGGAGCGGCGGCUGUCGGUGGAGGUUUGGGACUGGGACCGAACGUCCCGGAACGAUUUCAUGGGCGCCAUGAGCUUCGGCGUGGCCGAACUGCUCAAGGGACGCGUCGACGGAUGGUUCAAGCUGCUGAACCAGGAGGAGGGCGAAUAUUACAACGUCCCCGUGGCCGACACCGACGACUGCGGCCUCCGGCCCAAAUUCGAGGCUUGCAAUUAUCCGCUGGAGCUGUACGAGAAAGUGCGUCGGGGGCCCGGCCCCUCCCCCAGCCCCUCCCCCCUCCCCUCCCCCAGCGAGGCCAAGCGGAGCCUCCCCGGCAGCGGCCGCUCCCAACUCGGGGACUUCAACUUCCUGAUGGUGCUGGGCAAGGGCAGCUUCGGCAAGGUGAUGCUGGCGGAGCGUCGGGACUCGGCCGAGCUCUUCGCCAUCAAGAUCCUGAAGAAGGACGUGGUGGUGCAGGACGACGACGCCGCCUCCACCAUGGUGGAGAGGAGGGUCCUGGCGCUGGGACCCCGCCCCCACUUCCUCACCCACCUGCACUCCACCUUCCAGACCCCCGACCGGCUGUACUUCGUCAUGGAGUACGUCACCGGCGGCGACCUCAUGUACCACAUCCAACAGGUCGGCAAGUUCAAGGAGCCCCACGCGGCGUUUUACGCAGCCGAAAUCGCCAUCGGUCUUUUCUUCCUGCACAACCGAGGGAUCAUCUACAGGGACCUGAAGCUGGACAACGUGAUGCUGGACGCGCAGGGCCACGUGAAGAUCACGGAUUUCGGGAUGUGCAAAGAGAACAUCGGCCCCGGCGGCAGCACCAGAACCUUCUGCGGGACCCCCGACUACAUCGCCCCCGAGAUCAUCGCGUAUCAGCCCUACGGGAAGUCGGUGGAUUGGUGGUCCUACGGCGUUCUGCUCUACGAGAUGCUCGCCGGGCAGCCCCCGUUUGACGGCGAGGACGAGGACGAACUCUUCCAGUCCAUCCUGGAGCAGACGGUGACGUACCCCAAAGCGCUGUCCCGCGAGGCCGUGGCCAUCUGCAAGGGGUUCCUGACCAAGCACCCCGGGAAGCGGCUGGGGGCCGGUCCUGGGGGGGAACAGGAGGUUCGGGGUCACCCCUUCUUCCGCCGGACGGACUGGGAGCGGCUGGAGCGGCUGGAGGUGCCGCCCCCCUUCACCCCCCGCCCGUGCGGCCGGAACGGGGAGAACUUUGACCAGUUCUUCACUCGCGCCCCCCCCGCGCUGACGCCGCCGGACGCGUUGGUCCUGGCCGGGCUGGACCAAGCCGAGUUCGAGGGGUUCAGCUUCACCAACCCCGACUUCCCGCAGCCCCCCGGCUCCCUCGUCUGACCCCCCAAAAUUUGGGGAACACCCCCUGAAAAAUUUGGGGUGGUCCGACCUCGAAUUC